AUGCUCAUUCAAGAUCAAUCGGCCAAGUCGACCCCUAAAGCAUCUUCCUUUUCCAACCUCCCUGAUGCCCCCGUCGACGAAAUCUUCAGUCUCAACCACGCCUAUGUCGCCGACCCAAACCCCAACAAAGUAAAUCUGAGCCUGGGUGUCUACCGCACUGAAGAAGGUCAGCCAUGGCCAUUAGCCUCAGUUGAGCAAGUAGAGCAGGAACUUUACACUCAAAACGACCCCGCUCGCCAUGAAUACUUGCCUAUUGAAGGUGACUCAGUCUUUUUAGGUCAUGCGCGCGAUCUCAUGUUUGGCUUCAACAAGCGCAACGCAGAUGUUGGAAAAGAGCUCGAAGCCAAGAAACGAAUUGCAUCCGUCCAAAGCAUUUCAGGCACAGGCGCAAACCAUCUUGGCGCAGCAUUUCUGGCGCAUCAUUUCAAACCGAAGCAUGUCUGGGUCUCAAUCCCGACCUGGGCUAAUCACCACACGAUCUGGGAAUUGCAAGGCAUAGAGCGUAAGGGGUACCCAUACUUUGACGCCGCGACAUGUGCAUUCAACUUCGACGGCGCUAUUGCCGCGCUCGAAAACGAGGCUGUCGAGGGAGAUGUCAUCUUACUCCAUGCCUGCGCGCACAACCCGACAGGCGUUGAUCCAUCAAAGGAGCAAUGGAAGAAAAUCGCAGAAUUGUGUCAACGCAAACGCCUCUUCCCAUUCUUCGACUCGGCUUAUCAGGGUUUCGCAUCUGGGUCGGCAGAUGAAGACGCCUGGGCGGUACGAUACUUCUUCAAUCUCAGUCCCCCGCUCGAAAUGUGUGUUGCGCAGAGUUUCUCCAAGAAUUUCGGUCUUUACGGUCAUCGGACUGGUGCUUUCCACCUGGUUACAAACGGCGCAAACCCCACUGAGACGGAACUCGUGCGCAAGAAUUUGUGUCAUAUUAUUCGUGGUGAAUACUCCAUGGGUCCACGAUAUGGUAGUACGAUCGUGAAGAGAGUUCUCGGAGAUGAGACCCUGCGGGCACAGUGGCAAGAUGAUUUGACGGUCAUGAGUUCGAGGAUCAAGCGCAUGCGUCAGGCGCUGUAUGAUGAAUUGAAGCGACUUAACACGCCGGGAUCAUGGGAGCAUAUCAUUAACCAGAAUGGGAUGUUUUCCUACACUGGUCUUACGCUGAAACAAGUUCUGACCUUGAGGGAUGAGUUUCAUAUUUAUCUGCUCAAGUCUGGUAGGGCUUCUGUUAGUGGAUUUAGCGAGAAGAAUGUGGCAUAUGUCGCCCAGGCUAUUGAUAAUGUGGUGAGGAGGGAUAUACAAGGCUAA